AUGAUCGAGAAACAGACUUUACAAGUGCAACCUUUGAAGAAAUCUGCGACCAGCAGUUCAUCGGAUAAAAAGAAACGAAAACAAGAUGAUGACACUGAUGUUAGUUCUACUACAUCACCAACAAAAUUUAUUCAAAGAAACCAGAAAAUACAGUUAGCAGCUGAUAAGAAAAUGAAAGUCAGUUUGAAGAAAGCGGAAGAUGCACAACGUGUUGUAGCUUCCACAAUUUCACAACGUGAUACAGCGUCAGUGAAUCAAAUUCCAAAAAACAAAACAACAAAACGUGUAGCAAAAAAACAUUAG